AUAGACCAAUUUUUUAUUUGUAAACAUUCGGAAGUGCGCACAGGGUGGUGGCAGAAAACAGCGAAAGGGUAGUUAUUUAUAACGGCAAAAGGACCACUCGGAUAAUAAUACAAGUAGCCUAGAUUGAUUUUUAAAAGAUUAUAGUUAAUAUUGAUUAGAUCUGAUUAGUAAAAUGUUUUCGACAUAUUUCAAUAGCCUGUCACCCAGUGAUAAACACUGUUAUUUAGCCAAAUUGACGUUAGUGGGCAGUGGGAUACGUCUUCCAGAUCCGUUUGCCAUAGCACCUUGUCAAUGGUUAAAUGAUGAAAGGAAAUGGCCUAGCAUCCAGUGGCCAGAGAUUUAUAAUUACCUAAUCGAAACUCCAAGUGUAUAUACCCGGGAGAAGCUAAAAGCGUACAAGUCUCUGGAUGCUUACAAUUUUGUUCUGUGUGGUCAUGUCCAAGACAUACUAUGGCAUGAUUACAAUGUUCAAAACUUCGUUGUGAUGAAGACGGAGGUUCUGCCUAGCCAAAGACAGGGAAAAAAGACAGAAUUGUACAAGGCCUGGGUUAUCGUCAACAAGACCAACAACUGUAUUCUUACUGCGAACUGCACCUGUAUGGCUGGAACUGACAGAUGAAGACAUUGCGGAAUUGAAACUACUGGCACCUAACGCAGCUGUACUCACUACCAUGGAACUCAGUGACACAGAUUCCGCAACAGAAUCUGACACAGAGGCCGAAGACCUCCCAGAGCCACUAGUAGCUCUGUAUGAUGCCAAUCUGAGAUGCCUCUGCAAAAAUCAACUACAAGAGAGGAGUGAAGAGACUUUUGAAAAACUGAGGAAGGGGUUAACUAAUGAGCAGUGUGUAAACCUUGAGCUUACAACUAAAAAUCAGGCACAGUCUCAGGCCUGGCACACACACAGAAAUGGAAGGAUAACAAGCACAACCCUACAUCGUGUAUACACUGUAGUAACCGAAACAACUAAACUAAACCUUGUAAAACAGGUAAUGCACUACAAUAAACAAGACUUGUCCCAUGUGCCAGCAGUACUUUGGGGAAGAGAUAUGGAGGACACAGCCAGAAGACAAUACACAGAAAUAAUGAAAGCACAACAUUCCAACUUUGAAGUGGAGCUUUGCGGUCUUGUUGUGCGGCCAGACAAACCACAUCUUGGGGCAUCGCCGGAUGGAAUAGCAAACUGUACCUGCUGUGGGAAAGCAACCCUAGAGAUUAAGUGUCCAUACAAAUACCGUGAUGGUCUUACAGGGAGUAGCGAGGACACACAGUUCUGCUUAGACAAAGCACUACAAUUAAAGAAGAAUCAUGGAUACUACCAUCAAGUUCAGCUACACAUGUUUGUAUGCAACACCCAGUACUGCGACUUUGUGGUUUGGACAAAGCAAGUUGUUGCUAUCAACCGCAUCACCAGAGAUGAAGAAAUGCUACAAGCAGUCCUGCCUAAAGCUGAAAAGUUCUUCAAACAGAGUAUUUUGCCUGAGCUGUUAACACGCAGCAUGGAUCCACUGAUGCAGUCACCUACAGUCUGCUCACACUGUCAAAGGCCAGACUUUGGAAUGAUGAUUGACUGUGCAAAGUGCAAGAACCAUUUCCACUACACAUGUGCCAGAGUAAGAAGAAAGGUUGUGGAUUGGUGUUGUGAACAGUGCAAAAAAAAACAAGUCAGAAUGAAAUGUUCUUCGAAGCAAAUGAUUUAA